GGACAUGGGUGACAAACCCCCCGGCUUCCGGGGUUCCCACAACUGGAUUGGGUGUGUAGAGGCCAGUCUCUGCCUCGCUCACUUUGGAGGGCCCCAAGGGCGCCUGUGCCACGUGCCCCGUGGAGUGGGGCUUUGGGGGGAACUGGAGAGGUUAUAUUCGCACUUCUCAGAGGGUGGGGGCCCUGUGAUGGUGGGAGGGGAUGCGGACGCCCAAUCGAAGGCUUUGCUGGGAGUCUGCAUAGGGCCAGGCAUGGAAGCCUAUGUCCUGGUAUUGGACCCUCACUACUGGGGCACUCCAAAAAGUCCCAGUGAACUCCAUACUGCUGGGUGGGUGGGCUGGCGGGAAGUAAGCACAGCCUUUGACCCCAACUCCUUCUACAACCUAUGCUUGACCAGCUGUAACUCCGAAAAGCAGCAGCAUGCCCUGGACUGAGUGAGGAUAAGGUCCCAGAACUGAAACGUGCUCUCUGGUCCCAUACAUGUGCACCUGCUUACUUCAAAGGCAUCCCAGCAGAGCCUGGGGCCUUUGGCAUCAAUAAUAAAGUGGCAAGGCCCAGCAAACAUAAACCUAGCUUAUGUUUGGAAGGACUUGGAGAG